GGUUAUUGUCAGUCUCGGCAGCUCGGCAGAAGGGCAGGACCGCGUCCCGCAGCUGCCUGGAGCAGGUAGCUCUUUAUUCAGACUUAAUUCCUUCUCCCCUGGUUGAUUUCCCAAGGAAAGCAGUCCUGAGCUUCCCCAUCGAGGUUACUCCGCAACCUCCUUUUGAAAUUGAAGUCGGAAUCGGGAGUCAAGACAUUGGAGAGACUGCCGACGACACCGAGGAGAAAGUGACGGACGAAGCGGAGCCGGUUCGCUGGGAUUUUGCAUUAGUUUAGGAUUGUCUCAUCUGCUUCUCUGGUCCUGCUUUUCAUUAGUUUCUGGUUGCCAUCGUCUGAAAUAGGCCAUAGCCUCACCUUUUGUAUCCUUCAUCUUUUUAAACAUCGUCUAGAGAGGCGGCGGACCCAUGCGUAACGCUGGAUUUUUGGAAUUUUUCAAAGCCCUUCAAGUCACCAAGUGUUUCUGUUAGGAUUUUUAAGGCUUAUAUAUGGUUUCAUUUGGCAUUUUUUCUUGUUUUUCUUUCAAUUAUUUCAUGUAUUUUAAACUUAGAGGAGAGACAAACCGGGACCCUCUCACUUCUCUUUUUUUCGGAGCUUAAACGCUGAAAAACCGAAGCGCACUUUGUGCGCAACCCUGAGGAAACUGCCGACUUGCGCUAUAUUGCGCUUGGCAAAAAAGAAAAUUGGAAACUGAAUUACAAUAAAGGAAAGAAACGAUAAAGCUGAUUAGCUCAAAGCCAUAUUGUGGAAUCUAAUUUGGAGUUUUUUUUCCCCAUCUCAACCCAAGACGAGGAUAAACGUCAACAUUUAACAUCGACGAGGCUGCAUCUGGAUUUGAGGGGAACAAAAUGAAUCAUUUUUGAUUUAGUCCAAAGAAGAUUGAAGCAGAUUGCUCUGUGAGUGCAACAAUCUGCAUGGAGUUCUAGUCUGUACUAAGAGCAAUUUAUGGUUGGCCGCAGAGCUCCCCCGGCUGUAGUACUGUGCCCGUCUCGCCAUGCUGGCCUGUCUGCAGAGGAGGCAGAACCCUCCACCCCAGCACCCUGUGUGCGCCAGCAAGACCCUGGAGGCACCACAAUCCCUUGGACGGAAAUGUGACCUAUCAGUGCCCACACAUUCCCCGCGAUACCCAACUGCUGCAGAACUUGAUGCUUAUGCUCAGAAAACAGCCAACAACCCCCUUUCUAUCAAGAUCUUCCCCACCAACAUCAGGGUUCCCCAGCACAAGCACCUUAACCGGACUGUGAAUGGAUAUGACACCACAGGCCAACGCUACAGCCCCUACCCACAUCUCCACACAGGGGGCUACCAUGGUCUCCUUGCAAUUGCCAAGGUUUCCUCUUCAUCAUCUUCAUCGUCUGCAUCCACCUAUGUCUCUUCAAAAGGUGUUCUCAAGAACUCAGAGGGUAGACGGACUAAGCUUUCUCCUGCCCACAUAGCUGUUGCUCCUUAUCCACCCCCUAGCAGUAGCACUUUAGCUGGCGGUCACAGCCAAAUGGUGUACCACAACGGGUCCUCAAAGCCUCCAGAAAGCUCUGGACUGUCAAUUCCCCCCAAUGUCACCGUAGCUGGCUCGGUGAUUCCAGUAACAGGGGGCCGGGGCCUGGCCCUGCCUGCACAGUCUAACCUCCCCUCCAUCCAGAGUAUCAUCUAUCAGAUAAACCAGCAUUGCCAGGCCCAGGCUCUGCAGCAGGUGUGUCAGGGGGCUGCCACUGCAACCACAAAUUCCAGCCCUUCAAAGCAGGGCACAACUAUCAUGGGUGUCUCUUCUAGCUCUUCGAGUGGAGGCUAUGUGGUUGGCAUGGCCCCCCAGGCUAACAUGGUGUACCCAGGGCCAGGGGUGCCGGCCCAAACUGCAGAAGCAAUGAAGACCAAUGUGUACACAGAUGGCAUGGACUAUAUCUUAUGGCAGAAGCAGCAGCAGCAGCAGCAACAGGCUGUGCUCCGUAUGUACAGUGGAGGGAGUGGGGGAGGGGGUGCCAUCAGCAAGUCCCCUGAAACCUGUGUGGCAGGUGGAGGGAUUAUGGCAGCCCAGGUAUCCUCAUCUUCAUCCAGACCUUACCACUUAACAGCCAGCGCCAGUGGGGGAGGUGGGCUGGAAAAAGUUAGCUCUUCCCCAUUGAACUGUGUGGGCAUGCAUGGGAAUUUUUCAGUGGGUCAGUACUUUGCACCCCCCUGGAACAGUGUGCUGGUGACACCCGACAGUGACUGCUACAAUCCGCAGGAGCUUUUGGGCACUUCCACAGGAGGGCCGUCAACGGGGCACAGAGAAAUGGGCUACCCUCUCCACCAUCACCACUACCACCAUCAUCACCACCACCCUGCCAUAGACAGCGGCGGAGGUCUGUGCUGCAGCCUGCCCAGCAAAAGCUUGUGCAACACAUCAGUGCUGAGCAGCAGCUUGCAGUCUCUGGAGUACCUGAUCAACGACAUCCAUCCACCCUGCAUCAAGGAGCAAAUGCUUGGCAAAGGCUACGAGACUGUGUCAGUGCCUCGUCUGUUAGACCACCAGCAUGCACACAUUCGCCUCCCUGUUUACAGAUAGAGGAAAAGGAGAAAAAGGAUCAAGAGUUGUGAAUUUAUGAAAUAAUUCAAAUUUUAAGAACAGACAGGUUACAGAAUAGAUGUGAGUGCCACUGCUGUAAGUAGUGCAGGAGAGGAGAGAGAAGCUGUUGCUGUGCUGUGUGACCCUAGAUUCUGUGGUUUCAAGGCAGGCAAUGGGAAUCCUGUACACAAAGGGUAGUAGUUGUUGCCUGGAAGGAAAAGGGAUUUGAACAUUCUCCUGAUGUUCCAAGUGUGUGGUUUGCCAAUAGGAUUUUAUGGAUUGAUUUAUUUGAUUCUCUCUUCUUCUUUUUUCUUUGUUGUUUUUCCCGCUUCAAACUUUGAUUUUUUUUUUCCUUUUUCGGAUAGCUUGACAUGAAGUGCAAAUGCCACUUGUAUUCCGCUUCCGGUACUACGGUUGAAGCUAAUGUGUAGGUUGUCACUGAAAUGGUCUAAAAAGGACCAAAUUUUAGGGCUGCUCUUGAAAUCCAAAACUCUGUAAGCGUACAUGUGUGCACGUACAGAAUCUACUGACAAGCAAGGAGAAGGAGAUGAUCACAAGGACCUCUUGUGUUUUGAAAAAAGGAUCAUGAGGUUGACUUUAAAAGAAUAGUACAAUAUUAGUAAUUGUUGCUGUUAUAAUUGAUACGUUAAUUGCACUGUUUGGAUUUGUUAACUUUGAAGUUUGGAUUGGAUAGUUUGGAAAUGAUAUAUUUAAGAAACUUGGAAAACUUGAACCUAUUUUUUGUUUGAAAUAUUUGUAGGUAUAUACUAUGUAUUGGCUGCUAUGGGGAAAAGUAUCUGAAACAUGUUUUUUUUUCUUCAGUUUAAUUUUUUUCCACUUUUUUUUAAAAUAUAUAAUUUAAUAAUUUUUCUUCAAGCUGAUGUGCAGUCUGUAAUGUCCCGGCGUGAGGCAAAGCUGCUGCUUUGGUUCAGUAAGAACCUGCCUGGAGAGCUCCUUUUUUUUCCUAACCAACACUGGAAUCUACAAUAAAUCUUAAAAUGCUUAUUUAAAAAGAAAAUGUUGCAAAAAAAGAAGAAAAAAAAGAAAAAGAAAAAAAAGUUACAAUGAAGAAUGUGAUUGGGAGGUUAUCAUUAUAACCUUACAUGUAUGGUAAUCAGUGUGUGGGGCUGAAUGCAUGUGAGUGUGUGUGCGUUUUUUAAAUUGUUCUCCAAAAUCCUCAGACUUUUUUUUCUUUUUCAUCAUUUCAUCACAAGACUGACAGACUGAUUCCCCAAAUCCAUAAACAUUACUACAGAGUCAUGUCCAGGAGAUUUGCUUGCAAACGAUGCUCUUUUAUUGGAGGCUUUUAAGUUUCUGUGGAGUCAAAAGUGGAGACUGAAUUCACCGAUAUUGCUGUAGUUUCAGCACUGCAGGCUUUUAACAUGACCGAAAGUGACAAAAAAACAACAACACAAAUUAGAUCAUAUUUUUUGGGGUGCUGUCCACCUCUGUUCUUAUAAGCAAAAAUGAAAGGAAAACAAUCAUGCUCCGUCCUCCGGCAUCAAAUGAAAUUAGACCAAACUCACUGCUUUUUGCCUCUUCCACUGCAGCCCUGGGUUGUUAUGUGUUUAGCCCUGGACAGUUAUAACUUGAUGAAUCAGAGCAGUGAAAUAUUUAUUAUGACUGUGAGAUUCCCUUGAAUGUACUGCACUUAAAUUACUGCAAUGUUUUAUUGCCUUGUGGGACUCAAGUGAAAGAGAAAAAUUGGAUCAGUGCAGCAGUCCUCUGGUCUUAAAUUAGCAUUUCUUUUGUCAGUCAAAUUUCAGUGGUAAAUUCAAUUUAUUAACUGGAGAGAGGGAGAGAACACAAGCUUUGUUGUCGGGAAAUGCUGGCAUCAGUCGAGAUUUAUGAAGUGCAAUUAUUAUGACUGUAUUAACAUUUUUUCCUCUGAGCUACACCAAAAAAAAUGUAAGCUACAGUUGUCAAUACAUUCCCAGUGUACCACAUCCCCAUUUUUUUCUUUUUCGUUUGGUGUUUUAUUUUUGGUGUAAAAUAAAUGUCUUUAUUAAUACAUUCAGAAGCCACAUCCUGGCUUGGAAGUCUGUGAUUAUUUUGUUAUUCAUCCUUUGGACGGCAGUGGACGGUUGGGCCAGCAUCUAUUAAUCAUUAAUGGGUGAUCAUCUCAACAUAUGUUCACAUUUUAUUGAUCAACAAGGUAACACUUUGGUCAUCAAGGGAUAAAGAAAAGAUAGUGUUACUAGAAAAAGACAUUUUAAUAACCCCUUGGUCCUUAAAAUAGGCUCUGUUCUUAAAAAAUAGCAGGAAAAUGAAAAAGUCAUGAAAAAAAGAGGAAUUUAUGUUUCUUUGAUCGUCUUUACUCCCCAAACUGACAAACCUGCCUUUAUCUUAUCUUCGAGCCUUAAAUUUUGAGCCAAUGGCUAUAUUGUCUUUGAAAGCUGACAGAGAUUUCAGACUUAAGAACACCAAGCUCCUUGGCUUAAAUUUGCACAGUAAGCCUCUUUAACAUUCCAGUGAAAUUUCUUGUGUUGUUUCAACAGCCUAAUGCUUCAGCCACAAUCUGAUUCCUCUAUAUUGUCUGCCUAAAAAAUAUUUUGACAGAUUUACAGAUACAUCCUGUCCCUAAAUCCCUUCCGUUUGGCUUCUGCGUCCCAGCAUUAAACCCUUUUGCAUGAUGUUGAAUGUGAAGAGGAGACACUUGAGGCAGUUUCCAGUGUCUGUCCUCUCCCACCAGUGGAGGUCUGAGGCACCAAGCCCUUCUGCUAAUGGGAAUAUUGGGUGACGUCUGGCUACUAGACACUUCCAGCAGAAAGAAUUCACUCAGUCAAAGGGUUGAAAUCAAAGCCCCUUCAAAUGGCAAAGGGAUUCCCAUGAGGCACUGAGGAAAGCUGGCUGUUCUGUCGAAAAAACAAAAUACAACUUUAUUGUUUCAAAGAAAUAUUGCUGACACAGCAAGUUUAUGGGACCUUAAAGUGGUCUUCUAUCCCGUGACAGUGAGCUUGUAUGAAAGAGCUUGUUUAAGCCUUGAAACACGGGUUCAUUCAUCUCGUACUGAUCUGGUGCAUGGACGCUUGGCCCAUGUUAGGAGAACCAAACAACAUUUCAAAUAGAUUUGUGGCUGAGCUGAUCGAAGCAUGGCUCAUUCAGCUGCAGAGGCAGAGUGGCAUAUGGCAUGUCAUUAUCUAAGCCCGCACUCCCCCUGUCUGGGGCCAACAGGGUUCAGCAGUGCUUAAACAAACUGAAGGUUAGGACUGGCUGGCUGGCGUCGGAGAGAAGGACGGCGGAGUUUGGGUGGUGGGGUGACUGUUGUCAAAUCACAGCCUCCUUGGUGUCUCAGAGGGUCUCAGCGCUGCGGCGUGGCGCCUGGGCUCUCAGAGCUGCUUUAAAAGUGAGUUUGAUUGAAGGGAUUUGUUUUCUGUUAGAUUAAACAUGCACGCGUCCUGCAUGGCUAAGGCGACAUGCAAUGUGUCAGAACUCCAUGAAAGACAACACAAUGAAAAAAGAGGAGGGAAGUACUAGACUAGAAAUUUGAGGUCAAAACACCUCAAAGAUUGAUAAUCAACAGGAAUACCAUGUUCUUUUUGAUUUAGUGAGUGACUGAAUACACUUCAGUGUGCCUCAAUUUUCCUUUUUAUUUUUAAAGAAAUUCUUGAGAACAUAGACAAAGAAUUUAAGAUGGUAAUCAGACAAUGGUAAAUCAAGCCAACCCACAUGAAUGAGGACAUUUAAAAUCUAUAACUUAUCUCUUGGGCUACAGGCUGUUAUCGACUGUUAACAUUUUUUCAAGGGCAGUGAGAUGCUCAUGAGGAUGGCUGGAGGGCAAAGUGGAGAGGAAUUGACUAAUGCAGGUUGUAAAAAUCCUUUAGUAAAUCCCAAUAAGUCCAUGAAGACCUUUACCCAGUGCAAAGGUCUAGUUGCAUAUCAUGCACCUUAAAUACUGCUUAAUAGGACGGGGGCAGAGUCAGGCCGCUCAAAGCAGGGUCAGCUCUUUCGCUCUGUGAUCAGAAGGGGAUGAGAGGGGAGGGUGAACAAAUAAUAAAGACAGCUGCUCACUCUGUAGUCUUGGCACUGCUGAUUUAACCUACACAUGAAGGGAGUGUGGGUGAGGGGGCUUUAUCUGCAUCGCCUUGGUCAACCUCCCUCAUGUCCCCUGGCUGCCCUUGGGCCACCGGGGCUCUCAUCUCACAGGUUUUCCCAGCAUCCCUCCUUGACAUCUAAAGGAGCAUAAAUUCAUGAGACCAGUCCUCUCCAUUUGGCUCAUACCUAGCAAGAGAAUAUUUUAAUAAAUAAUUCAGAUAUUCCUAAGGAGGCUUGUACGGUUAAUCCACCGGCUUCAUAGCUGUGUUGCAUGACGUUUCCAAGCACGGGGUAAAGAUUUUUUUUGUUGCUUCAGUUCAUAAGUAAAAUUUCUCCCCAGGUGGAUCAAACAAAAGUGAGACAUACAUUUUUGUAGUUAUUAAUAUUUAUUUUAAAUGCCAAGUGGUAAAAAUCAGGAAAGAUCACAAAAUGAUUUCACCUUAUUUUCACAAAGCUGCAGCCCAGGAGUGGUGCAGGGUGGUGCAGCAGGAUACAAGACCAGAAGCUUACAUCUUCAGCAUCACACGUUUGUAUGUUCAGCUGCAAAAGCUUAUGGUCUCCAAAUUUUCAUUUGUUUUAUGUGCUGGGUAUAUUACUGAAUUCAAUCUAAACACAAAAGUCUGGGGAUUUUGCUGUUUUUUUUCCUUCUGAUUCAUUUUACUGUUUGUGAGGCUUUCUGAAUGUUUCCAUGGACAAACAGGGCUGUUCUUUUCCCAGAUGAUCUCAAGUGCACCAUUGUUGCCAAAGUCUGAGGGUGCUGCAACCUUGAGAAAAUAAUAUAUAUGGAAAUGGGGAAAAAAAAAUCUAAGAAGCAUCUUUCUUAUUGUUCUCCCUGCAGUGCUGUGUUUAAAAAUGGUUUUGUCUCCUCAGGAUGAAAAAAUGUAAACAAUAUCCCUGUUUUCUUUUGUUUUUCUUUUCCAUUUCUUUGAAAAUUAUAAUAUAUGAGUCUUAACUUUCAAAAUAAAAAGUCUGAGUAUAUAGAAAAAGCUGUAAAAUCCUGAAGUGGUGGGGUUUUCAACUUUUAAAUGUGCCUACUGCCAAGCAUCUCAGUGAUUGCUUAUUCUCUCCAGUUCUGCAAUCUUCCCACAACUAUCAUCUUUGAUUCGCUGAAACUGCCACUGUUCCUUCUCCAUCCUAACAAUCGCAGUAGAUACUUUGUCUGCUUUUUGUUGAUCUCAGGACUGAAAACUCUUUAUUUAAUGUAUAUGUUUUCAUUUGGCUUCUCUUAUGUACUAUUGUUUGACAUGAGGAAAUAAAGCAGAUGACAUCUGGGUCUGCAU